AUUUAGUGGAGAAGUCAAAUGAAUCGAUGCCAGCGAUCGUUACGAUGAGAAACAUGGUACAAGCCGCCAUAGAGUCGUACGGCGCGGACCCACUCCGGGAGGCGUUGGACUCGUUGGGCGGGUGGCCGGUGUUGGUGGGGGACAAGUGGGACAACAGUACGUUUGAUUGGAUAGCAGUGAGCGGACAGAUCAGGCGCCUGGGCUUCCGGACCGAUAUGUUUGUUCAGUUCAAAGUGAUUGCCGAUGUGUUGAACAAUACCAAGAAAGUGCUGUUUCUGGAUGAAGCGACCCUGGGCCUUAGACGCCAGAUUAUUACCCUGGGUCCAAACAACUCGAUCGUUCAGGUUUACCAUCAGCUAAUGGUGGACACGGCUAUGCUGUUGGGCGCCGACAAUAAGACCCGGGUUAAAGAGGAGAUGUGGGAUGUGAUUCAGAUGGAGACCCAAAUUGCACAGGCUACACAUGAUCCGGCACAGGGCGAGAAAAAACAAUCCUGGUAUUUGCACCUGAAAGCGUUUGCGGAUGUGGCCAAUCAAUCGGAAGUGUUGGCCAGUAAUCAGACCCGUAUGGGCCACGACUGGAUCCGUUUGGCCAACGCUAUCGUACAGUUGCCCGACAACAUCACCGCCAGGGAACUGGUCAUGGUAGACAAUUUGAACUACAUGGGCUACAUUGAUCACCUGAUCAGCGUGUACAAUCAGCAUGAUAAACGAUUACUGGCCAACUAUAUGAUGUGGCGACUGGCCCUCCAGGCCCUGAGCACCGGUAGCAAAGAGAUGAGAGACAUGCGGGACAAUUUGCACCGACACUUUGAAAUGGUAACCAAUCUGAGAGCCGAGUUUGACGACAUACUACAUAAAAAUGAUUGGAUGGACAGCGAGACUAAGCUGAAUGCGUUCAGAAAGAGCCAGAUGAUGAAGGCCGUAGUGGGUUACCCACAUCAAUUGGCCAACGAUACGCUGGUCAACGGGCAUUAUAAGACGUUAAAUCUGACGGACAAUAAUUUUGACCUUAAUAUACGACGGCUCCGGAAUUGGGCUCAAAGACGAGAGUUUGAAAAACUACGCGAAGUAAACGACCCCCAAGACUGGCGCAAUUUUGCCAACUCGGCCAACGUGAACGCGUUUUACUGGUCUCAGGCCAACGCCAUUGUCAUACCGGCCGGUAUACUACGGGACGUGUUUUUUGACAACGAUCGGCCACAGUAUAUGAACUUUGGCACAAUUGGCUAUAUUAUUGGCCACGAAAUCACUCACGCGUUCGAUAACAUUGGCGCCCAAUUCGAUGAAAUCGGUAACGCCAGAAAUUGGUGGAAAAACGAAACCAGGCUGCAUUACAAUUCAAAGGCACAGUGCAUGGUGAAACAGUAUAGCGGUUUCACUUUGACAAACGGGCUGAAAAUUAACGGCGAUUUGACCCUCAAAGAAAAUAUCGCCGACAACGGGGCGCUUAAGGAGGCUUACAAUGCCUAUGAAAAGUACACUGAUAAGUUUGGCCACGAGCUACAGCUACCUGGCCUUAAAUACACGCCUCGACAACUGUUUUGGAUCAGCGCCGCAAUGAAUUGGUGCAGCAAAUCGUCGCCGGAAAUGUUCAAAACCCGAUUGGAUACCGACACCCAUAGCCCAUCGCAGGCCCGAGUGAACGUGGCCCUGAGCAAUUUCAAAGAGUUUUCCCAGAGCUUUAGCUGCAAACCGGGCACCGAUAUGAACCCCAACCCGAAAAAACGCUGCACUGUCUGGUAGUGCGAGUGUGGGUUAGCGCAAGUGCCCGAUGGC